AGCCAUAAAGUCUGUGCGCCUUUGAUAUACAGUCAGUUGACGCCGUGCGGCUCGCGUGCGAAGUUUGUUUGGUCGUUGUUGUGAACGCGAUUAGUCCCGCGCGGUGCCUCCGCCAACAUGGACGCACCGGGUGCGAACGAUGCGCGCUCGCCGACGUCGCCAACAGGUGCGAAUGAUAUGGUCACGGCGAAUUAUAACAAGCUCUCGGAUCAUAUUCGCCGGUUAACGCCGCAAGGGAUUCAGUGCAGCGUCUUUUGCGGUGGGACCAACUGCAAGUAUGAGAAUCCUGAAAACUGGACGGCGGAUAAUUUGGCUUUGCACGGACUUUAUUCUAAUUGGAUAACCGACAACAUCCUGGCGAUGGCUCGGCCAAGCACCGUCCUGAUUAUACAAAAGAACAUCAUCGAACAAUUUCACAGCCUCGGAAUAAAAUCCAUAAUUAAUCUGCAAUGCCCAAAGGAGCACGCCAGCUGCGGUCAACCCUUGGAAGACACAGGUUUCUCAUAUGAUCCCAAUAUAUUUAUGGAAAAUAAUAUAUAUUAUUACAACUUCACAUGGAAGGACUACGGCGAUGCGUCAUUAGUGGGCUUGCUUAAUAUGGUGAAAGUGGUGGCGUUCGCCGCCACCGAGGGACGCGUCGCCAUUCACUGUCAUGCCGGACUUGGAAGGACUGGUGUGUUGAUUGCCUGUUACUUGAUUUAUUCCUUGCGGGUGCCUGCGAACGCCGCCAUUAAAUAUGUCCGCUUGAAACGUCCUGGAUCAGUGCAGACACGCGGGCAGAUAAUGUGCGUACGACAAUUCGCAAACCACGUGCUUCCAAAUCUAGUCACGUUUUAUAUCAAAGAGCAAAGUACGAAAGAUAAACAUAUGCACGAGUUUACCCUCCAGAGAUUUAUCAAACGACAGAAAAUAGCUCUGCAUGGUUACGAAGAGAGGAAUUAUAAAUAUCUACCGAAGAUUGUGCAUAGGCUUUGUGAGAGAAUCCUGAAACUCACUGGGUGUAACAUUGAAGAUCUACCACAGUCAAAUAUUCCAUACACGACGGAUUUUCUUUGCACGAAAAUGGGUCCUGGUGUCACGCGACAUGAGAGUAUUUACAGUUUUAACAGUCACUUGGAAGAUUUACAUUUUUUAAGCCCCACAUCGAUCCAUUCACCCUCAUCGAGUAAUUCAGACAUAAUGAGUUUGAGUUCAGCCCCGCCAAGUCCCAACCCCGAAUCGGAGUCUUCAGAUGUCCUGGAUUCAUUUUCAGUUGAUUUCCUUUUAGAAUUAGACGAUGAAUCAACGCAAGAUUUAAUAGAGAACAAGUGUUUCCAUGCGUUGGAACUGCACAAAACUUUUGAAGAUGAAAAAGCGUCGCAUCAAACAACUCACAUUGUUUAUGAUAUUGGAGAAGUUGUUGAUACUCUUAUUAUUGCUGAUAUGCAUUUGUUGCCUUAUGAAAGGAAGAAAAAAGUUCGACAACUUGAAGAGCAAAUCAACGGGUCAAAAAUUGGAUGGUUGAAGUUGGAGAGUCUGCAUGACGUUGGUAUAUUGGCGGCCAUGUUGUUUGAUUGGUUGGAAAGUUUAAAGAAACCCGUGCUUGAUCGGGAAAACUUAGAAAAAAUUGUCAUCCAUUAUAAACAACCGGAAAUUUGUUUAACUAAAAUUGAAGAGAGUGCGUCGUUUCUUUUAGAAUAUUUGCUUCUAUUUGUUAGUAAACUGCAGAUAUCCAAUGAAAGUCUUAAUGAGGCAUUAUUAAAACGUCUUCUUGCUGCACUAACACAACAAUAUGUGGUAAUAAGAGAUAUAGGUAUACCUUCAGGUCGUGGUUUUAAGAAACUACGAGAUGGAACAAUGCAUUGCACACUAGAAUUUAUGAAUUGUCUACAAACCAGCAUCGAUUUGCAUCACAGACAGUUAAAAUCAUCCCCUAGAUUCGAAUUCGGUGGGAGUUACAAUGACGAUGAUGAUUCCGACGUGGAAAAUGGCUUCCAUGAUUAAAAAUGAACGAAUGCAUGAAAUUUAAUGUGAAAUUCUGUAUCGAUGUUGUUGUCGAUUGUCUCUUGUCAAAUUGUGAAGACUGUUGUGUACAUGUCGACGAUGUGAAUGUGGUGUACUAACAAUUCCAUUUGGGUUAAGACUUAAGACGAUUCAGAAAUAGUGAGAAAAGGAAGGAAGAUUCGAAAUACUUUUGUUGUAAAUGAAAUAUUUAGAGAACAUUGUUUACUUUUCGACAUCGUGAACACUCUGUAAGAUAUUUUAAAAACAGCUUUGCUUAUAACAACACAACUUUUAAUUCAAUAUGUGAUGUAUGAUGUUGUAUAACACAAAACUGUUCAUUACAAAGUUAAACAAUU